AUGUCGUUGGUACAAGUUCAGCGGUCACCCUCACCAUCUGUACACGAUGAUAGUGAUAUUGCGGUAAGCUUCCGACCAGGUUUUCCCAACUAAAAUCAUUUGUUUCAGGAUUUUGCUGAUUUGUCACGAUGUUCUUCUCGAAAUCGAUCAAUGUCCGAAUGUUAUUUUGCUGUAAGAGGAGCAGCUAUCAUUCUACCCCACAGGUACCAAAAUGAAAAUUUUUAUUUUUCAAUUUUCUCGUUUUUUUCAGUGAAUAUUCGCCAACUUGUUCACAUUCGUCGGAAAGUGGCGCAGAAAUCGAAACACAUCUUCAAGCAAUGUUUCAUUUACUAAGACCACAAGAUACUUUGAUAAUGGCAGUGAAACUGCAAACACAAGUCAGCGAUCAUUCACGAUAUUUGACAAUUGUAACUACUUAUACAGAUAGUGUUUAUCCGGAAAAAAGAACAUUGCUCAUUGGAAUGGAUUAUUAUAAAUCUCAGAUGACGUAAGUGCAACCGUUUUAUUUAUUUUUAAUAAAUUAAUUUCAUAAAUAUUAGAAUCGGAGUUGUUCUUCCGUUGCUUUGGUGUAGUCGAGUAGAACUUGCUGGAGAUGGUGGAGUUACAGUUCAUGGAGCUGGUCAAGCUUGUAACGAAGAAGAUAAUACAUUGAUAUUCCGCCCAACUUCAGUUCAGGCUAUGUGGUAUGUAUUUCAAUAUCUGCACAAAGAACUGGACGGUACUCAUGUUACAAAAUCAGAAAUAAAAGUGAGUUUCAGAAACUUUAAACAUUUUAUUUAAAAUAUUUGUUUCAAGGAACCUACAAGAGUGACCGAAUUUUAUAUGGAAAAAAUCGCAUCUCCAACUUUUCUUUGUUCACAAUGGCAACAAUCAAGAUUAGAUGAUGAUGAAGAAUACGGUAUUUAUGCUGAUAAUGUUCGAAAUUAUAUGGGAACACAAGCUGUUAUUGAUAAAGAAAAUGAGUUGAGAAAUGAGUUACGGCAAAUCAUGCAAAGUGUUGAUUUGGAUCAAGUAACUAGCAAAGAUAUUCGAACUGCUUUGGCCAAAAAAUUAGGCGAAUCUAUUGAUAAACACAAGGUAUUUGUUUUUUCUCGAAAUCUCAUUUAUUUUGAAUUUUCUUCAAGGAGUUCAUCGAUCAUGAAAUGCUUGUUAUUCUUGGUCAACUCGAAAAAGCGUCUGAAAUAUUUUCAUAUCUUUUGCUUGGAACCGAAUGGAAUGCGAGUAAUUGGGAUGAAUUACACAAGAAAAAGUUUGUUUAUAUAUUUUUUCCAAAUAUAUUUUAAUACUCAUUUAAUUUGUAGCGUUGGAUUCAUUUUAAAUGUCACUCGAGAAGUUGACAACUUUUUCCCGCAAUCCUUCAAAUAUCGAAAAGUUUGGGUUAUUGAUGAAGCCGAUGCUCAACUUUUGAAUCAUUGGAACUCAACAUCAGCUUUUAUUAAAGAAGCCAAGUGAGUUAUUUUCUAAACUUAAAAAAUUCUCAAAAGCUUAUUUUUUGCAGAGAAUCUGGCAAAGUGUGUCUUGUUCAUUGUAAAAAAGGGAUUAGCCGAAGUUCUUCAACUGUAAUUGCAUAUAUUAUGAAAGAAUAUGGAUGGAGAUUGAGUGAUGCAUUGGAAUAUGUUAAAAAACGAAGAAAUUGUAUCACUCCAAAUAAAGGAUUCAUGGAGCAAUUGAAAAUGUAUGCUGGUGCACUGGAAGCUUCGCGAAAUCGACACGCGCCACAAUUUAAUUCAAGAUCACGAGCUCAUUCGGCAGUUGCUCCUUGUAGAUCAAGGGUUCGAAAAUCAACCUCGCAAGUUUCAGCUUCUGGUGAGUCCCUCUAUUUUUAUAAGUUCUCCUACCUAUACAAGUCCCCGAAUUUUCGUUCUUCAUUUUAGGCCUAAUAUAAUAAUAGUACUUGAAAACUUUCUCUCUUCAAGUAAUAAUUCAAGUGUUUUUAUUUACAGAUUCCGAUGUUUCGGCAGUUCGUUUCAUCGUCAACAAUUUCGAGCGUCAAAUGUCUGAUUCACACCAAAACAAUGUCACAAAUAAAAACACUGCAAAACCAACUCGUCACUCAUUUCCUGUCGAUAUUAUUAAGCACGGACCAGCUAGUACAAUACCUCAAUAUAGCUAA